UCAGCUCAAUCUCUUGUAGCGGUUAAUUUUGUUUACAAUUUUGCUCCAUUGAUUUUAUUGUUUCCUUUGUUGAUUAAAUGAGUUAAUUUAGUUAAAUUGUUUUUGUUUGUUUGUUCGUUUGUUUGUAUAUUUAAAUUAUGGAACAAUCAAAGAAUAUUCGUAAAGGGUUUGUUGAUAAAUUCGCCGGUGCAUUUACAUGUCAUUCGAUAUCAUUGAACAAAGACAAGAAGAGGCCGAUGUUGGAUGGAUCUCCACCCGAAUCAGAAUCACUUGGUCAGGUUACCGGAUUUAAAAAGAUUCUGUCUGACCACAAGAAAGGUCACACCUUCGUUGAUAUCUUAAGGCCUACAAGUAAAAAUGAUUUGCUAGUUAAUGUAAAGAAAAUAAGUGAUGUUGAAUGUUGGUUUAAAUCUCUAUAUGGUAAACGUUCAUCUGGUCCAAAUUUAUUUCUAAUUGUCAGUGGACCUUCUGGAUCUGGUAAAUUAACUACAAUUAAAAUACUUGCCCAGGAACGAGAUAUUGAAACGAUAGAAUUUGUCGAGAUGAGCUUUAUAAAAGACAUUUUCUCGGUUGAAGAGGAUGACAAUAACAACUCUUAUGGAGAUCAAAUCUAUAAUCGAAGUCAAAUUGAUAAUAUGAAAAAUUUUCUAGUUCAAGCCAAUGUAACAUCAAUUGUUAACAAAAAGCCAAAAAAUAAGCGAUUAAUCAUCAUCAAAGAUUUACCUUCCACUCUACUUAAAGAACCUGAAAAAUAUCACCAACUAUGGACAUGGUAUUACAAUGAAUUUAAUUCUGAUGGAGUUCCUGUUGUCUUCAUAAUCUCCUGUGAUCCUGGUCGAGAGUCGAUUAAAAUUUUCCCCAGUCAACUUAAAGUCGAACUUAAUGUUCUUGAUAUAACAUUUAAUCCGAUUGUUAAAACGCGAAUAAUCAAAUGGCUUACAGAUAAAUUGGAAAAGAAAAUCUCAAAACAAGAUAUCGAAUCAAUUGUCGAGGAAGGAAAAGGAGAUAUACGAAAUAUUCUCAACUGUUUUGAGCUUAAAUGUAGCUCAACUUUGGUUCGUCAGCGAUCGUUAUCAACUUACAAACGAAAUGCUAAAAAACCACGAACAGAAAGUUACCCGUUAAACGAAUCUAAUUCUCGUGUAAUUUGGGGUCGAGAUGCUUCACUGGAAUUGUAUCAUUUUCUUGGUAAAAUUUUAUUCAGCAAAAGAGAUUUUGAUAAACCGAUGAGAAAAACUUUACCCAAGGAUUUGUUACGUUACGAACGUCAUCAUCUUAAUGAAAAUCCUUUUCUACUCUGUGACUCGUAUGAUUUAUCACCUUCGACAUUGAACCUUUUUCUCCAUCAAAAUUAUCUCCACUAUGCCGAGAAUCUUGAAAGCGCUGCCAACACCAUCGAAUGGUUAAGUCAAGGGGAUUGUAUUCGCGACGAUGUUUACGAUUCUGAUUCUCCUUUGGAAAAGUAUCAAUCUUGUCUUUCCAUCGCUGGAUUAAUGUUCAAUUUAAGUCCAAACGCCCCAGUGAAGGUGAAAAUAUUUGACGAUCGUCGAAAUAAAUCUGACCAUUCACACGAAUCAAAGCGAACACCAAUGAUAGUCUCUAAUCGAGCUUAUCAUUUAUCCAAUGAGAAAACUCGUGAAUCCAAAUCAAUCGUAAAACGCUCCUUUAAUGAUAAAUCAACUUCUCUGGUUUCUCAACAUUUGAUUCUCGAUAUUCUUCCCUAUGUUUCUGUCAUGAACUCGCCGAGGAAAAAUUUUUCCACCGAGUUAUUGAAAAUCUCUUCUUUUCCCAAUAUCUCGUCCGGAGGUUUCAAUGGUUCUCAGGAGGUUUUCAGGAAUCGACAAACGAGCAUCAAUCUAAUUAAGGAAUGUGGAACUUUGGAAAUGGAUAAUCAAGAUGAGAGUGAUGAGGAUAAACAUCAUUACAUUAUUGAAGAUGAUUCAAAUUAAAUUAUGUUUGCUUGAAAACAACAAACCAUCAUUUUCAACGCCUAAUCAAAUUAAACAUUUUCACCAUUUUUUUAUGUUAUUAACAA